AUGAAUUCUGAUGCAAUUAUUGACUUUUUUAGUGGAAUUUCCGGUGCGGCCGUUUCAGUGUAUGUUGGCCAACCAUUAGAUACGAUUAAAACUAAAUUACAAACAUUUCCUAAUCGUUAUAAGAACUUUUUCGAUUGUGGAAAGCAAAUUUUUCAGCAGGAUGGUAUGCGAGGACUCUAUGCGGGAACUUUACCAUCACUACUAGCUAAUACUGCAGAAAAUGGAAUUUUGUUUAUGGCAUACGGACAAUGUCAAAACUUCAUUGCUUUUCUACGAAAUAGACCAGACAAUGAUCAGUUGACAACAGUUGAUAAUAUGGCAGCAGGAAGUUUAGCAGCAGCAUUUUCAUCGGUGGCUUUAUGUCCCACUGAAUUAGUCAAAUGUCGGAUACAAACGUUAAAAGAAAUGCAAACGAUGAAUUCAUUAUCCAUGGAAAGUCAGAUGACAAAAAAAGUUUCACCAAUCGAUAUCACACGUGAUAUAAUUCGAAAAGAAGGCUUUCGAGGACUGUUCCGUGGAUUAACAACUACAUUGGCGAGAGAAUGUCCCGGUUAUGGCUGUUUUUUUGGUGGUUAUGAACUAUCUAGAUCAAUUUUGAUUCAUGAGAAUCAAAAGAAAGGUGAUAUCGGGUUUAUAAAAACAUGGAUAUCCGGUGGAAUGGCUGGUAUUUGUUUUUGGUUAAUCAUGUUUCCUAUUGAUGCAAUUAAGUCACGUAUACAAGUUUUUAAACCAACUGUCACUUUUCCGAAAUAUACUCUACAGAUAAUCAGAAACGAAGCACUUUAUACUGGUUUAUUACCAACGUUAAUUCGCACUUUCGUCGCUACCGGUGCCUUGUUCAUAACUUAUGAACACCCAGUGAUCUCUUCUUAUUCUGUAUUAGGUGGAGCAUCAAUACUCGCUCUCAACUGUACAGAUAAUCUGUUAAUAACAGCUGGACACCAGAAUUUCCAAUUAUUUUCUAUCAAACAAAUUGAUCACAGUACACAAGUGAGUAUGCUAUGUGACUUCCGUGCGACACAGCAACAACCAGCAUUACCACGUCAUGCCUUGCAACCGAAAGACGUCAGUUGGAAUCGACGUUAUGAACAUAAGUUCGCGACAACGAAUAGUACGAUUGGCUGUCUAUAUAUCUGGGAUGCAACACGAUUAAGUGUUACUGAUCAGUUACCUGUUCAUAAUGGCAUUAUUAAUCGGAUUCAAUUUCACCCGACAAAUCCGGAUCUACUGUUAACAGCAUCUCAGGAUGGAUAUGGAAAAUUAAUUGAUUUACGAAUUGAUAAUACUGAGCGAGUUGCAAAAUCCUUUCGACACUCAAGUGCCGAGGCAUUUCGUGAUAUCGAUAUCAAUCCAUCGGCGACAGACAAAUUCGCAGCUGUUAUUAGUGAUCAGCACUCAGUACCUAUAUGGGAUUUUCGGCUGCAUCACCAACCAGUCUAUUCUGUAUCUACACGAGAUAGAGUCUCAUACAUUUUGUGGAACCCUCACGAGCCGUCUUGGCUAGCUACCGGUGGUAUCGGCAGUCACGAUCGAACAAUACGCAUCUGGGAUACAGAUGGCAAUGACUCUCGUCAAGAGCCUUUAUUUACGGUACAUGCAUUUCGUCAAAUAGUAAAAUUUAGCUGGCGUCCAGCAUGUCGAUACCAUAUUGCGUCUGUGACACGUUUCCGUGACCAACGUAUCCAUGUUUGGGAUAUCCGACGUCCUUACUUGCCACAAGCAUUAUUUUGUCACCAUCAAAGCGAUGUGGAAGAUUUCCUUUGGCGACCUAAUUCCGAUAAUAUGCUUUCGAUCGAUCGGAAUGGGUCUUUAGUGCAUGCUCACUUUUCAAGCGCAAUUAAAAGUGAUCGAUUACUUUCACUUUUUUCUUUGAAUGCUACUUCGAAAGGUUCUGUACAAAUUGUUCAACCAAAUAUCGAUAAUGAUUACGUACGUGCACUAUACAAGGAACAGCAUAUCUCCGCAGCAAGUACAAGUCUCACCAAAUUAUACUCACACGAAACAAUGUCGACAUUUAAUAAAUGGAAUAAGGCCAUUGAAGGCAGAAGUAUUCUAGGAAUUUAUACGAAUUUUUCUCAAGAUGAUUCUGUUGAAUUGUUUCAUCAAUUUGCUCGAAGAUGGAUACUCGGCCAAGGAGAAAAAUCCUAUAAAGCAUUGGGACACAUAUGUGAUACUAAUAGUAUUGUUGCCGAAGAUCUCAAUCGACCAGAUUUACGAGCAACAUGGCAGGUUAUUAAAAUGUUAUAUCCCGAAUGUGAAGCGUCGAGAAAACGUCGCGCUAGAUCCUCAAAAACAUCAAGAUCCUUAACGAAAGGUUUUCGUUCCAGUGAUUCAACAGGUGGUGGUGGUCGACAUCAUCAUCAUCAUCAUCAAUUAACAAAGAAAUCCAUUGGCAUUGACGAACAACUCUCGCUCGACGAAUACAAGUUGAAUAACAACUUUAACAGUGAGAGAAGAGUCAAAUCGAAAGAACAAAGAACGUUGUCUGAUUCGAAACUAACGGUGAUUGACGAUUUAGACACGUACAUCGUUCGAGACAUCCUCACCGACGAUAUUCUGUUCAUCUCACCUGAAGAUCUGCUUGCCAAUGGUAACAGUGUCGAUGAAUUUCAAGACGAAAGUUGUGAUAUCGAAACUAUGCGUACUGGAUUCCCCUUACCGAUAACACCAAGCGCAACACCAACGAUCGAUGGUGAUUAUGCGAAUUAUUCUAUAGAUCGAAUCAUGCGAAAGUCUCCUGAUAUCGUCAUGAUCGAUGACGAGGAUUUAAAAAAUGAUGAGGAAUACGAAGAUAUUGACAGUGACAUGCUAACAUCGACACAUUCGCUUCUGCCUGAUAGUUCAGGGACUUUUUUCACCAUUGAUGAAAGUUAUUGUCCUACAGUGCAGAAAUAUUCAUUAAAUUUCGAUCAGAUUAUCCGAGAUACUCUCUAUUAUUAUGUCGAAAACAACGAACUUCAAAUGACUGUUCAUCUUCUUCUCGCGUUGUACCCGCAAUUGAGUGAACAGAAACGAGUUGAACUAUUCAAUGGAAUGCACCUGCAGUGGAUUGUCAUGUAUAUUGAGCUAUUACAGAAGAUGCGGCUCUUUGUAAAAGCAAAACAAAUUAUCAAACAUUGCAUUGAAGUCGAAGGCAUCCCAUUGCACUACAAUGCUGCUGAUUAUGAGGAUACAAUUAUUCUUCCAACGCAACCUCCAUCACUCCCACGUUUACCUUCAUUUGCUUCUCCUCCUACGCCUCUUCCAAAGAAAAAUGCUCAACCUGUGCUAAGAGAAUUUGUUUGCUCGAUUUGUCGAAUUCCUUGUCAUGGUUUAUUUUCAUUCUGUGGUAUUUGUUUUCACGGCGGCCAUAUUGAACAUAUCGAAGCAUGGUUCAAAACACAUGACGAAUGUUCGUUUGGCUGUGGUCACCGGUGUCGAGAUCAUCGUAGUCAAAAUUAG